AUGGAGUCGGCAAGAAUAGAUUACCCCCACCACCGGUUCGUUCAGCCAACUCAUGUCAUAUGCCUAGGGUCUGGAAAGUUAACAGUUGACGUUGAAGAGCAUAAGAGAGGCGGCAAUGGCUGUGGUGGUGGAAAUUUAAUAGAAAAUGUAAGUAAUUCUUAUGGUCCGGUUGUUUUUGUUGAGCAAUUUCUACAAUAUUGCAUAACUUAG